GUUUGGACACAGUCUUCCCCGGUGAAUCGAGUACCUUAGCACUGGACUGGUCAGCUCUUCCAGCUGGUCUUUCCUCUCUUCUUUGUUUUCUUUGUUUUCUGUCAUUCGCGGAUUGUUCAAAGAUGAUGUGUGUUGCAUAAUGUUCUUGGUAGUGAAGUACAUGAUUCUGUGAUUGAGGAUUGUUCGGGAAACUGAAAUUGAAGUUGCAGAGUUGAAGAUUACUCAAACCAACUGAGAUUCUUCUUUCAACUUGAAGUACAUUCGCGCUUUCUCUAAAUCUCGGCAUUUUUAUUCGCUCGCUUGAAAAAGUUGACAAUACAUUAUUUGUUGCGAGAAAUUGGAUACGUGCAUUGUGAUUUGCAACUGACAUUAUAUAAAAAGUUCUAGUCACACAAAGAAAAAUGUUCCAUCCUGCAUAUGUACGAACACGUAUCUACUUCCGUGACCACGUGAAAAAAUUCCGAUGACUAUUUACAUCGUUGAACGAAGCAGAACGGACGCACAGGAUGAAGAUGAAACUCCUGCUUCGACCUGCUUUUAAGAAAUCCGUAAAUUCGUCACAAUAGUUUUUACGCAAAAGUCUAAUUUGCGAGAUUGAUGAGCUGACGUAUUUGAUAACAGGAUAUCACGAUUUAUUUAGCUCUUGUCUCUAUUUACUAUCGAAUACUAACUAUUCAUUUUAUUUCUAUAAUAGAUCAGCAAUAAGAUUCGUUCUACGAUUGUCUGACACUGAUUGAUUGUGUCGCGAUCAAACGAAACAUGAUGUCUUCAUCGUCGGAGCAAGAAAUGGAUCCAGCCACGUUAAUUACCACAAAUCAUCUUCGGAAAAUAAUGACGAAUGCCGCGAUCGUCACGAUCAGUAAACACUCGAUCAACAUUGAGUUGGAGGAUCCUGAUGAAUAUUUCAUCCAGAAGGCCAAAGAUGAGUUGCGGGAAACACCAGAGUUCAUUGCUCAAGGUUACAAGGAGUUGAGAGAGUAUAUUGCAGGGGAACCUAAUUUACACCUACCGGAUGAUGAGGACUUUCUUAUAAAAUUUCUAAGACCAUGCAAGUGGUACGCGAAAAGUGCUUUCCGUCUUAUACAACGGCAUUUUGGAUUCCGUCAGACUUAUUCGCAUAUUUUUGUCAAUCUGUUACCCAGCCACGAGAAGGUGGCAUUUUGCUCUAAUUUACUAUAUCCGUUACCGAUUCGCAAUAAAGAUGGAAGCAGAAUAAUACUAAUAAUGGGAGGAAAGAAAUGGAAACCGAAGGAAGUGUCACUUGAUUCGUAUUUCAGAAGUCUCCUGUUCCUCUUAUUCGUGGCGAUGACGGAAUAUAAAACUCAGAUUUCAGGUGUGCAGAUUAUUUUAGAUAUGGAGGGCUUGACCCUCAAUCACAUAACGUAUAUCACUCCAACUUUCGCCAAAAUGUUAGUGGAAUUUAUACAGAGAUGUGUGCCACUCCGUGUUAAAUCCAUUCAUAUUAUAAAUCAGUCGUUUUUAUUCAAUAUGGCAUUUGCAAUAUUUAAACCAUUCCUAGAGGAAAAGCUUCGUAAACGGAUUUUCUUCCACGGGAGAAACAGAGAGCCUUUAAUGGCUCACAUAGAUAAGAAGGCACUAUUUAAAAUGUACGGGGGCGAGCUGGAUGAACCUGAAGAAUUAUUUGGCACCAAUUUGUGGCAACUUAUGUGUCAAUAUGACGUCCUGUUCAAAGCUCUUCUUGAAUUUGGAUACAGAACAAAUGAUAAUAAGAAAUGAUCACUAGCAAUCGUAUGUACAAAGCUACAGUGCAAAAUUAUUUUAACUGUUGGUGUUCACUUGACAACACUUGGAACACGUGUGAAUUUAAUUCUAGUUGCGAUUAUCAAUGGCGAUCGUCAAUGAGUAAUUCACGAUUGUGUAGGAAGAGUGCGAUUCAUAUAUGAAACGGUAGUCCAUUUUAAAUUCACAAUUUAAAGAUGCAAAACAUAAAGGUAAAGAUAAAAGAGAUAGAAUAUCAAUAAAAAGUAUUAUAGCUACAAAACCGUACAAAACUUUUUGAAAGAAUUAUUGUAUAAGUUUUUUUCCGAAUUUUUUCUCCGAAAAUUUUUACAUUUUAUCAAAAUUAUACAUAAUGGAAUGAAAAGCGAAUAAUGCUAAACAAAUAGCACAACCUAUUAUGGACUGCUUUAAAGUUACAAUACGUUUUAGGAUGUAAUAAAAUAGCAUUAAAAAAAAAGUUUAACUGGAAUAUCCAGGAAAGCAAUUAGAAUAUUAUUUUGUUAAUAUUAUUAUAAGAUAAUAUAUAUAAGUUGUAUGUUAUAAA